AUGAAAUUCCUCAGUGUUGUAAGCGGUGCCAUAGCUCUUCUACAGAGCGCUGAUGCAGCCACUUGGAAGGAUUAUAAGCCGCAGAGUCGCACGCCGAGCUCGUGUCCUGAUUAUGUCGACUAUUCGCAGAAACCGCACAAGCCGCUUUCGUCUGGCAAGUUGAAGCUGCCUUUCAUGAGGCCGAGUGAAGAAUGCAGGACUUUCAAGAGCCCAGCUGUUGAGAAAGUCAUCAGCGACAUCAAGAAGCGCGUCAAGAACCCUGACCUGGCGCGGCUCUUUGAGAAUACCUUCCCAUCGACGCUCGACACGACGGUCAAAUAUUUCGAUGCGAAGAAGAACCUAGCUUUCAUUGUGACUGGCGAUAUCACCGCACAAUGGCUACGCGAUACAGGCAAUCAAUUUGCCCAUCUGUACAAGCUUCUUCCCCAAGACAAGAACUUGAAGGCCCUCGUCAAGGCUAUCAUCAACACUGAGGCAAGAUACAUCUCCGAGUACCCGUAUUGCGGCUCCUUCCAGCCACCGCUCGAGAGUGGCUUGAGCCCUUCAGUCAAUGACUAUGCUACACUUGUUACCGUCAAUCCACCAGUCGAUAAUCAGACAGUAUUCGAGUGCAAGUACGAGCUUGACUCUCUGGCUGGCUUCCUCAAGAUCGCACGAUCAUACUAUGAUAAUACCAAAGACGCUUCUUUCAUCAACGACAAUUUCAAAUCUGCUAUGAAGCAGAUCCUUCGAGUCAUCGAUGAGCAAUCUCAGAGCACAUGGGCCGAAGAUUGGUCUUACAUCAGCUACUAUAACUGGACUGGCCAGGCCGGAUCACUCUCACCACCAGUGCCUAACAGCGGAAACGGCGAGCCCAAGCUAGCCAAUGGUCUCGUUGCGUGCAGCCAUCGUCCGUCAGACGACCUAUCAGUCUUUAAUUACAUCACUUCCGACAACGCCAUGAUGUCAGUUGAGCUCGAUAACGUUGCCGACGUAUUGGAUAAAGUCGGAGGCCAAAAAAGCCUUUCUACAACGCUGCGUGGUCAUGCCGAGACAAUUCGACAAGCUGUUUGGAAUCAUACUCUCACUUCGAAUGGUAUUUUCGCUUACGAGACCAAUGGAUAUGGCGGCCAGUACAUUAUGGAUGAUGCCAACGUCCCUAGCCUCGUAUCCCUGCCAUAUCUAGGCUUCCUCAAGCGCGACGAUCCUACAUACAAGAAGACCAAGUCUGCUCUUUUCUCGCGAGCUAACCCUUAUUACGCCGUUGGAAAGAAGUUCGGUGGAAUUGGUGGACCGCACGCGAAUGCUACUAACCCAUGGCCUAUGGCACAUGUCUCAGCUAUCUAUGGAACAGAUGAUGACGAUGAGAUCACUGAGCGACUCAAUAUGAUCAUGGAGAAUACUGCAGGUCUAGGGUUGAUCCAUGAGAGUGUGAAUAUUUACAACUCCUCUGUUUUUACACGACCGUGGUUUGCUUGGGCCAAUAGCUAUUUUGCCGAAAUGGUCCUGGAUUUGGCCGAGAGAAAGCCUGGGUUGAUUUUCAAGGAUGAUAAGCCAUAUGUCAUUUAG